UAGCCGCUCUACCAUAGUUAAUAAGUGUCAUUGAUUGGGACGUAGAGAAAAGACAAAGAAGACGCUGUUCGCAAUGGCCAAGUACCAGGAGGAAGACGACAGCCUGCGAAGGCUCGUGCUCGCCUUUGCCGUGACGGCGUGCCUGUUGUGCGUGGUCCUCGCUCUUUCUGUGUACCGCCGGAGGGAACCUCCAAAACAAGACGUCGACGACUCGGCCAGCGCCCCAUCACCCAGCGCCUCCCAGCCGACGGUGGCGACCGACCCCAAGGCGGCCGAGAUCGCGGCGCGUCGGAGGCGCAAGUUUGAAAUACUGAGACGUCGCGCGGCCAAGCAGGAACUCGCCAACCCAUCCCGCGACGAGUGGAUCUACGUGGACGCGCAGGGGCGACCGAUGGCGUACCUCACCUCCACGCAGACGGUCACGGUCACGUACACGGCACCAGCAAGAUCACGGUGA